CCAGACGAGUUUGAGUUCCUCUCGGAAGAUUUGAGCGCUGAUGGGGAGCCUGAUGAAGUGGGCGAUGAACCCACCAGCAUGGAGAGCUGGACGCCGCUGGAAACCCGACGCAGCUUCACCGACCAGCUACCUUUACGUUUGCAGCCAACGACUUCGGGGAAGGAGUUGCAGUUUCCAAAGCUUCCUUUUGUCACACCAACAUCUGACAAGCAAGCACGACCUUCGCCUACGCAAGAGCACAAUCCUCCACUCCACACCAUAUAUUCCAAGACUCUAUUCAUCACAUCAUCAGGAAGCUCUCGCCCUGGACUGGACUACGCCCUCGUUCCAGUGAGUCGAAUCGAACUUGAUAAUAGAGUACGAUCGCGUGAAACUAGGCCACCAGUGGCACUGUACCAGCCUAGACCGCGAGAGGUUGUUGUGACUACAUCUUCCCACGGCAAGACAAAAGGGCGAUUGCUGGAAACACCGUUGUUUGUCGUUCGUUCUGCCGCUACGGGUAGUCAGGAAUUAUGGACCAUUAUUCUGGACAAAGCCAAAGACGUAAGGGAGGGCGACUCUGGCUCAUGGGUUUUCGAUGUUACAAGUGGAGAAAUGAUCGGCCACAUUGUUGCAGCAAGCAUCGAAACAGGUUCUGCACUCAUCGUACCUGCGUUCCAGGUCUUGGAGGAUUUACGCGAGCGGUUUGGCGGAUUCUGGCGGCCCAUUAGAAAUGCUGAUGGCAAUUUGGAACAUACUUCAACGGGCGUGGCACAGCAGGGUUCAGCACAAGAAGGGUUCCCCGUGCCAUCUACCAUGGCCAUAUCUAGCCCUUUCGGCCAACAAGCAGACGGCGCUGGCGACACAACUACAUCGGCAACAGCGCAACGAACGCCAGGAGCCAUCUCUCCUCGCUCCCCUCAGCCAAACACCCCGCUGAUAUCUACAAGGGCAACUUCUCGGCUGACAGCUCAUAAGCACCACUCCAAAUUUUCGCUUCCCUCUUCCUCGGCGGAGCGAUCGGAUAGGUUUGUUCGCCCCAGGCAUCCUAGAACCUAUUGCUCUCAGUGCAGCGAGCAUCCUGAAGGGUUUAGAGGUGAUGUCGAACUUCAAAGACAUAUCAAAGCCAAGCACGAGGGCGUUGUCAAGAAGUUUGUCUGCCGCGAUCCUGCCACAGUUGGCCUUGUGUCCAAUAUUCAGGCCAUUAACCCUCUGGACAAGUGCAAGUCUUGUGUUGCCGGCAAGGAAUACGGCGCAUACUACAAUGCGGCCGCGCAUCUCCGUCGCACGCAUUUCAAGCCCAAGACUCGCCGUGGCAAGAACAAAGAUGAGAGACAUGGUGGCAAAAUUGGGGGUGAUUGGCCCCCAAUGACUGAUCUCAGGCUCUGGUUUGAGGAGAAGCUCAUCAAAAUCGAUCAGACUAGCGCCCUCAGUUCUGAUGGGGAGGACGAGGAUAUCACGGAAGCUAAGCCUCGAGAGACACCGUUAAAUACCCACACGGAAGUGUUCACGGGUAUGGGCGCCAGCAUGAGCCCAUUUGACAGGAGCCCCCCUGACACGGAGACUGCCCCAAUCUCAUCUGCCUCGGCCGGGUCCCGAUUCUCUCCCUCCCCCCCAAUGUUGCAAUCGACUCCAUCAAGUUCACUGGCGGAGGCGGUGGAGUGUUUGGAGCUUAAUCCACGAAGCCCGUCAGGGUAGUGGAUUUAUUUGAAGCUAUCGUGUAGUGGAAUUGGUAGUGUAUUUAGUGGAUGAGUGGAUGAGUCUAUUACUUCAGUAUAAGUAAUCAAC